AUGCCUGAUAUUUCAGAUGAUACUACACUGUUACUACAUCAUGAUUGUCUGAUAGGAGCUACUUUUCCUUACAGCCAGCAAUGGAAUUGGAGAGACUGUUCUGCUCCAGCUACACGUGUGGUCUAUGUGGACAAUUUUGAUGUGUCUCCUAAACCUAUUCAUAUACCAGGAAAUAUCUCCGUAACUCUCAGCAGUAAUAUUGCUCACAAACUACUAGCUGAUAAUUAUUACAGACUGAAUGUCAUGAUAGAAAAGAAACUUUUAGGCCGGUAUCAUAUUGUUCCAUGUAUUCACGGAAUCGGGUCAUGUAUGUACGACGACUUAUGUGAGACCAUGCAAGAAUAUUUAAAAAAUCACUCCUGUCCUCAAAUAGUAACAGACCAUGGUUUUACAUGCAGAUGUCCAAUUGAUGGUAUCUCACUCUACAUGAACAGUUUACCUGCUCGUCUAAAUUCGAUCCCACCUAAAUUUUUCUUCAUAGCAUCUGGUGAUUUUAAAGUAAGAGCAGAAUUGCUACAUGGUUCAUUGACGAUCGGAUGUUUGGAAGUAGAAUUAACCCUGAGUACCCCUUGUACUGGAUUUGUAUGUGGUCGGUAAUAAUAUAUCAA